CGUCUCUCAUAAAUAUUAACUGACGGGGAACUAAACAUUUUCGGGGGAAAAUCUAGAAAUUAUUCAUCUCAGACUCGGAGAGAAAGUGGAAAAGAGGUUUAACAAGUUAAAAAAGAGAGAAGGGGGUAUCAUCAUCCGAAGAUUAUCGAUUUUGAUUUUAGGGGAUUGAAUUGAAAAAUGAGUUACUAGAUCUUACUCAGUAAGGAAAUCCGAGUGAAGUACAAUAAUGGCAUCAUCAUCAUCAUCAACAACAACUCAAUCAAUAAUCGGAGCUGUGUUAGUUAUUUCUCUGCUGUUCUCCAUUGCUGAUUCCAAAACCCUUAAAAGAGAUGUGAAAGCGUUAAAUGAAAUCAAGGCAUCACUUGGAUGGAGAGUGGUAUAUGCAUGGGUUGGAGAUGAUCCUUGUGGAGAUGGAGAUUUACCUCCUUGGUCUGGGGUUACAUGCUCUGUGCAGGGAGAUUAUAGAGUUGUCACUGAGCUGGAAGUGUAUGCAGUAUCGAUUGUUGGGCCUUUCCCCACAGCUGUAACCAAUCUGUUGGAUCUGACAAGAUUGGAUCUCCAUAACAACAAGUUGACUGGGCCAAUCCCUCCUCAAAUCGGACGGCUUAGACAUCUUCAAAUAUUAAACUUAAGAUGGAAUAAGCUACAAGAUGCCAUUCCUCCAGAAAUUGGUGAACUGAAGAGACUGACACAUCUGCACCUAAGCUUUAAUGGUUUCAAAGGGGAGAUUCCGAAGGAGCUAGCAUAUCUACCCGAGCUUCGUUAUCUCUAUCUCCAUGAAAAUCGCUUUGUUGGCAGGAUUCCUGCAGAAUUGGGAACUCUUCCAAAUCUGAGACACCUGGAUGUUGGUAAUAAUCACUUGGUGGGCACCAUAAGAGAGCUCAUUCGUAUUGAAGGAACUUUUCCUGCCCUGCGCAACCUAUACCUAAAUAAUAACUUUUUCACUGGAGGAAUACCUGCACAGCUUGCUAACUUGACAAACCUGGAAAUUUUGUACUUAUCGUAUAAUAAGAUGUCAGGGACUAUCCCAGCAGGCCUUGCCCAUAUUCCUAGAUUGACUUACUUGUAUCUGGACCACAAUCAGUUUACAGGGAGGAUUCCCGAUACUUUCUAUAAACAUUCUUUGCUGAAAGAAAUGUACAUUGAAGGGAAUGGUUUCCGACCAGGAGUUAACCCGAUCGGUCUCCACAACGUGCUCGAAGUGUCUGAUACAGAUUUCCUUUUUUGAUCUGGAGAUGUUAUUUAAUUAUUUAUUUUUGUAGCCAUUAAGCUAUAUAUAAAAAAAACACUUUAGGUUCGAUUAAAAUUAUAAUUAGCGAAAGUUAUAUUUCUAUUGUAUGUUACUGCACUAAAGAAGUUCAACAUAUGAUAGUAUUGUUCUUUUAUUAUGGAACUCUGGCUGAUGCCUGAUUCUACUUCAAUUGUAUAUACAGAUUAAUUCAUUUCGGCCCAAUAAGUAAUAUCUUGAAGA